CAGACCGAUCGCCGCUUGACGUCAAAGUACCGCGAGAGCGAUUCGAAAGAUAGGCUGUUAAACCGCUCUCGCGGUACUUUGAGACCAUAUGCAGAUCGGUCUGCGUAGGAAGUCGAACACGUCUAGACGUUUUACACCACGUGACUACACAUUUUCAAAACUUCAGUAUUACUUACAUCUCGGAUGCUUAGCAGAAGAAGCCAUGGAGAAGUUAACAGAGAAGAUACUGCUGGAGAAAGGCUCUCCAAAGACAAACAAAUUGGACCAGAUAAAGACCCUCAAUCUCUCACGCAUGAGUCUGAAGAGCAAAGAUCUGCCUGUGCGUCUGCUAUCUAAACUACACAGCUUGGAAAAGUUGGAUUUGUCUGGCAACACACUGCAAGAGUUUCCUAAGGGUGUGCAUCUUCCCUGCCUGAAGAUCCUGGAUUGUUCAAACAAUGAUAUGGAGGAUGUGCUGUCACUGGAAAGCCUGAGUAACCUGGAGGAACUCCGACUGGAUGACAACUUCUAUCUGACCGUCAAUGAUGAACACAAAGUCAUCUUUCUGUUACCUAAGUUGAGGAUGUUCAAUGGUAAGGAUAUCAGCUCUACAGGUCAUCACAUUCGCCAUGGCAGCACUGAAAUUCUCAGGAAGAGGGUAAUUGCUGUUUGGGAACGAACCUUCAGUCUCCCAGAUCCGGUUACACAACAAAGUCUGGCAAGUGUUGAGAAGAGCUUUGUGAAGGAUGCUUGCGCACAAAUUAAAUACGGUCCCAGUUCUUUGAGUGAAUACACAAAAUGGAGGGUUGAAAUGAUCGCAAAAGAAUACUUACAGUCACUGAUGUGCAGUGAAAAAGAAGUCGGUGUCACAACUCCAUCAAAGAAGGAUGAGGCUCCUGCUGGAACGUGUGAUCUUGGAGCUAAAAUGACCACAAGUCCCCAAAAGAGGACCAGAAACAACACUGAAAUCACUGCAGAGGCCAGUCCGCGAAAGUCAAGUCGCGUGACGAAUGCCACUACUGUUGAAGCAAGCCCAAGAAAAUCCACUCGACUGCCGAGUUCUCCACUUAAAACCGAAAUUACGCUAUCCAGCCCCAGAAAACAUACCAGAGCGACCGAGGCGGCUAUAGAAGGCAGUCCGAGGAAAUCAAGCCGCCUUGAAAGCGUUCCACAAAAGGGUGCUAGCAAAACUGAAACCCCUAGAAAGACGCCUAAGAGCCCUGCCGUUUCCACUCCCACGUCAAGACUGGCUAAAUGUGAAAGUCCGAUAAAAGCGGUUAAAGAUCAGCCCACGCCUCAAAAGGGCAAACAGACCACAGCCAAAACGGAAAAGGGUACACCUCAGAAAAGCACCAAAACUAAAAAUACCAAAGUUUCUCAGGAGCCGGUAAGUCUUCAGCCCCUCCACGUCCUGCAGUGCCACAGUCGACAGGAUAGUCCGGAUGACUUCAAAACCCAGCUUUGGGCCUGUGCGUUCGAACCCCCACAGGACUGCGAUGGCGAUAUCGGUGAGUCUCGAACAGUUGCUACGUGUGGCGGGGAAACUUUAUGCGUGAUUGACUGUGAGUCUGGACACGUGCUGAAGAAAUACAAGAUUCCUGGUGAGGAGUUCUUUUCACUCGCCUGGUCCACGGUGCUGAUGUCCAGGACUGGUGGUUCUGCCCGCCCCUGUAAUAUCCUGGCUGCUGGUGGUACAAGGGGUCUGGUCAAGCUCAUUCAUCCCAGAGUGAACCUGGCAUUCGGAGAGUUUCGAGUCAGUCGAAAGGCCAUUUCCAUCGUGCGCUUCAGUCCGUGCAACGCUAGCUUUCUCUUCACUGGCACGUAUGAAAAAAAGAUCAUUUUGUGGGACAUUGGUGGACUUGAUCGUGACUACAACUUCAAAACCAGUAAGCUGCUGGUGCUGGAAACCGGCUCCACUCCUUUGCAUCUCUCCCUGCAUCCAGCAUCUGCAGACACACAUCUCCUCUCGGCCUGUGAUAAGGGACUGUUUAGCUUUGACAUCCAGAUCAGCAAAAACACACAGAAGAGAAAUGAAGAGAUGGAGAUUGUGUUUCCUAUUUACAAGAAAAAGGAAAAGAAUAACAGCUACCGUACUAUUGACGGGCUGAGCUUCCUUUCUGAUGAUAUAGUGGCAUCCAAGAGCCACAUGCAGGGCUCGAUCUACCUUUGGAGCUGGAGCGCUACGCGGGCAUCAUGGAAUGGCAAAAAGAAAGAGGUGCCAGCUGUUGUACUGGCAGAGCUGCAGUGGUCCAGCACAGAUGUCCCGUAUCUGUCAUUAGGCACCUGUCCAGGGUACGGUUAUGUGGUGUGCGGUGAUGAGAAAGGAAAUCUGUGGACAUACCACAUCACAAAAACUAUGAUGGAAAAUUUUAAGACUGGGAAAGUUAUCACUGCCACUGAGGUGUUGGAGUGGCCAUCACCUGUUAGAUCUGGAAAGGGUCCAGUAGAGGGUCCAUCUAUUAACAGUGUUGCCAUGGAUCCUGAUCUCCGUUACUUGGUGGCCCUUACUGACAAGAACAUGGCUGUAGUGUGGAGAAGAGCGGGCCACUGAACAACAACAGAUGUCUUAUUACUACCAAUAUUACUUUUGUGCAAAACUGCAGUUU